AUGCUGCAUUUCUCAGCCAUUCUGCGGGAUGUCAGCUUCACCGGGGUGUGUAUGCCGCGGAAGUACGUCUCUAUGGGUGGAUGGUGCGGCCCCGCGCUUAUUUUGGGCAAGCUGGGUUUACGCACCGAGGCGUACCCGUUUGACUUCAGUCGCUGUACUCUGGAUGGUGUCCUGCACUUCAUCCGUGAUGGCUUUGCGCACGGCUUCUACCCGCCUGGCCCACCACCCUACCGCCCGGAGUGUGUCGGCAUCUGGGUGCUCUACCGCGGUCAGCACACCGCCUUUGCCCACUUUGAUCUCAACGACCCGGCGAUUCAGGCGCAGUUUAGCCGCAAGAUGCAACGAUGGGACGCAUUGAUUGAUACACCUGCGACACCAGUGACCUUCUUUCGCACCAUCUCUGCGCGCGAUCCUAUGGAAGAAAUACGCCUUAUCCCGGAGGUGGAGGCGGCCCUGGUGGCACGUAAUCCAGCGCUUGAUUUUCGUAUCGUGAUGAUCGCCCACGAUCAAGGCCUCGUGGCUCGCAGUGUCGAGCUUGCCCCACUUUCUCCGCGUGUGUCUCUCUGGGCACUGGCGUACACGUGCGAUGCUACUUUUACAUUGUUUGACCGCUCGCAGCGAGCCUACGCCGACAUCGUUUUGCAUAGUGUGCAGGAAGAGAACUGGCCACUUGACCCAGCGCGGACGCCAAUGCCGGUGGGUUUGCGAGACACAGAAGCUGACUACGAGCGACGUGUCUUGCAUCGAUCUGAUGGUGAUCAGAUUUCUUUUGAUUCUCUCCGAGUUGAUGCAUUCCCAUGGCGCGGCCACGACAAUAUUGCCCUGAUUGACGGUGUAGCGAGCGUGGGAGGCACCUGCGUAGGCAUUGGCAGUACAAGAUGUGUUGACGGUCGUUGUGCCUUUUGCGGCAACACAGAUUAUCACAAGGCCGGCCGUCCCUUUCGCACGGAUCGACCCUUCGCCGCGGAGGAGGACCAACUGAUCUUAGUGCACCUGUAUCGGAUACUUGCCGGUGGUGAUAAAAUCGAGGUGGUAGAGGACCUUGCGCAUCAGAUGCAGCGUGGCGCAUUUGAGGUUAUCUGUCGUAUUCAGUACCUCACCAAUUCCAGUGUGAAGAUCAUGGACUACGCCUGGGAACACGAAGGGGAAUAG